AGUAUACAUUCUUCUCUUCCUCGCCGAGCUCUUGCUCUUCUUCUUCUUCUCCACGUCUGCAAUAUAAUCUGAAUCACGCAUAGGAAACCCUGGAAAUUAUAAAUAUGUUGCAGGAAAAAAACAUGUGGAACGUUCCUCCUGUUUUGAAGUCUUCUAAAUCCGCUCCUUGUUCACCAGCCAAACCUUCUGGAAUGAUGCUCAGAACUCGCUCUGAAACUUUCCAUGUCGCCCACAAAGUCCCAGUAGGCGACACUCCAUACGUGAGAGCCAAGAAUGUACAGUUGGUGGACAAGGAUCCGGAUAAGGCAAUUCCACUGUUCUGGGCAGCCAUUAAUGCUGGCGAUAGAGUGGACAGUGCGCUGAAAGAUAUGGCAAUUGUAAUGAAACAACAGAACAGGGCUGAGGAAGCCGUUGAAGCCAUUAAAUCCCUGAGAAAUCGGUGCUCAGAUCAAGCCCAAGAGUCACUAGACAAUAUACUUUUGGAUCUUUACAAGAGAUGUGGGCGGCUCGAUGACCAAAUAGCUCUUUUGAGGCACAAGUUGUUCUUGAUUCAACAAGGGAUGGCUUUUAAUGGAAAGCGCACUAAGACGGCCCGUUCCCAAGGCAAGAAAUUUCAGGUCUCUGUAGAGCAAGAAGCAACUCGCUUACUGGGGAACUUGGGAUGGGCUUUGAUGCAGCAGAACAACUACUUAGAAGCAGAGGACGCCUACCGCCGGGCACUUGUGAUUGCACCGGAUAACAAUAAGAUGUGCAAUCUGGGCAUCUGUCUGAUGAAACAGGGGCGGAUUGGUGAAGCCAAAGAAACCCUACGGCGGGUGAAGCCAGCAGUGGCGGAUGGCCCCAGAGGGGUCGACUCUCACCUCAAAGCCUUCGAGAGAGCACAACAGAUGCUCAGCGACCUCGAGUCUGAAAUGAUGAAUAAAAAAGUGGAUUGCAUCGAACAGAGGAAGCUCUUCGACGCUUUCCUCGGCUCUUCCUCCAUUUGGCAGCCUCAGCCUUGCAAAGAACAGAACCUGACACUUCCCAUUUCUCAGAAGUCGAAUACAAUUGCAGCCCGCGAUGACUUUGGGAAGGAAAACGUAAAUUCAAAUGUGACGGAUCAGCAUAGGAAUUCGCUGAACGUUGGAGCACGGCCUUUUUUUUCGUCGAUGUUCAGGAAGGACCAGUCAGUUGGGCAGGAGAGCCUAAAGAGGACGAGGUCUGAGAAGUUUGUGGAACCGGAGAAUAAGACGAGACGUAAGUCUCUCUCGCCGGAGGAAACAGAAGCAUGGGAGAAAUGGGCGGAUGUAUUGCCAGAUACCAAGGAAUUUGAGGAGGCUCUUAUCGCUGCAGUUCUGGGUCCCAUGAGUGAAACAACGGAGAGCGCCUCUGAAACAAGCACCAAAGCAAUUCUUCUGCCGGAGAUUGACAGGAGGUUGAAGGCCUGAGUUAGUCUUGAUGAAUUUCAGUUUUUUUCCCCAAAUGAUUGGCAUCAAAUAACACUUUUUUAACUCCAUUCAUUCUUUGAAUACGUAACUCUGCAGCGUUUUAUAUUCAAAUUUGGGUUGGUGGGUGUAAAAGUGUUUCAGCAACUCGGCAGAGCAGUUCUCAAGUACUGUCAAGCCGUUGUAUGUUUCAAUGGAAGACAUACAUUUCAAAUAUUGAAGUUGAAUGUGCCAAUAUGUAUGUAUCAAUCAAUGCUUUGAUUUUGUUUAGCAAA